AUCGGCAGUGCUGUCCUGACCUGAUCCUGUGCUUUGCCUUCCUUGAACCAAGUAUUCCAAUACCCUCUGGGGACGCAAUUGACCAGCACCCGACAACAGGCGUUAACGCGCUAUUAGAACCUUAACUGGGGGGCCCUGCUGCCCGCCUUCCCCAUACGGAGCACAGAAAAAGUCCCUUGGAGACGAGCCGCCACUGAGGCUUAGUUGACUGAUUGCUGGCAGACGUCGUCAUUGAAUUGCCAUGUUCCGGCCGCACCCAUACCCGGUGGGACUUUGAGACAUUCUCUCGCCAGCCCUCUUGUUCCAACCUCCGCUGCUUCAGCGACUCUGGCGAGCUCACUGGAGUCUUGCCUUGCGUUGCGAUAUGCCGAUACGACCAGCAUGCGGACAACAAACGCCAGACGGGGCCGUUUGAGCUCGCGGCCGUUCUACACGACGGUCUUGUUGCUGUCCUUGCUGGCCGCGUACUCGUUCUUGACGCACUCUCGACAUCGUCAUGACUUUCGAGAGGACAGCCCAGCGCUGCUCCGACGCUCCCACGACCGGCCUGAAUGUCGCGAAGUGCACACGGCCAAGGACCAAUGCGCUUUUGUCAAGCAAUACUGCGUAGACGAAGAUGCCGGGCUUCUUCCCUACCUGCGGCUGUACUACUGCAACCUGGGCAAAGCGCAGCCUGUUGCCUUUAUAGUUCUUGUUGGCUGGCUGGGGCUGCUGUUCACCACCAUCGGCAUUGCGGCGAGCGACUUCUUCAGUGUCAACCUGAGCACCAUCGCCACCAUCUUGGGACUAAGCGAGAGUCUUGCCGGCGUCACAUUCCUGGCUUUUGGAAACGGCUCCCCCGAUGUCUUCAGCACCUUUGCGGCGAUGGGGUCCAACAGUGCAAGUAUGGCUGUUGGUGAACUCAUUGGCGCCGCCAGCUUCAUCACGGGCGUGGUUGCGGGGUCCAUGGCCCUGGUCAGAGAGUUCAGGGUGGAUCGCCGGACAUAUGCUAGAGACAUUUGCUUCUUUAUUGUCGCGGUCGCCUUCACGAUGGGGUUUUUGGCCGAUGAAGAGCUACGAUUCUGGGAGUGUUGCGCAAUGAUCGGAUACUAUGCCCUGUACGUGUUCGCUGUAGUUGGAUGGCAUUGGUACACUACGAGGAGGAAGAGAAGACUGCGCAGAGAAGGAGAAGCUCGCAGCCAUUUCUAUAGCCUGGCCGGCCACACUGGAGAUGAACUCGCAGGGGAGCCCUACCAGGACGAUCCCGAAGACGAACACCAAGAAACAAGUCGACGGACAACAACAAGCACUGGGACUGGAGGCAAUCUUUCCGCCUUGGAGCGCGGUCCUAUCAUAGAAAUUGACGGUCAGAUAGCUGAGCCGCCUGAGAGCGUGGAUAGCGAAGAGACCGAUGAGGACCAUGAGAGAAUGGUCGCUGUGGAGGUGGCCCGGAGCAUGCGAGUUUUGCGCCCCCAAGGCAGGCGGAGGAACACCAUUACACCGAUUCGGCCGAGCUUGAUCGGUGCGUUGGAAUUCAGGUCUGCCUUGGCACACUUGCAGCGUGAGAGCAACCUUCAGCUUUCAGCAAUCCCAGCGCGGAGCUAUUCUGAUAACCACGCCCGAAGAGGACGGCGGGGGAGUACUAGUGCCCUCUCCAGCUUGGUAUAUUCCGAUGACAGUUCCGCCACUACCGUGAAUGGGAGGGAAAGGGCCAGGUCGCAUGGAGCCAGCCCAGCCUCUUCAUCACCUCCUCCGGAAUUACUAGGCCACAGCCGAGAUCGAUCAGACUCCAAUUUGCACCCUCCCCAAGACGGCACUAUCAGCCAAAGAACAGCAAGUCCCGCGCCGUCAUAUCAAAUUGGCGGCAAACUUGCACCCCCUCCGGUUGAUGGACCAACAGCAGUGGCUGGCAGCCCUCACCAGGAAUCACACGCGGCAUCUCUCAUUCCUCGCCUCCGGUUGCAGAUACCCAGUCGACGCAGCAGCGUGAGUACUCGAUCAUCGCCUGUUUUGCCCUUUCCUCAGUAUACCGACUCUCCUUUGGCGAUUUCGCCCAAUACGCUGGCCAUUUCUCCAAACACGCUGGCGCCUUCUCCAAAUGCGCAGCCAGAGCAAGCCGGGCUAGGUUUAUUGCCACCUCCAGCUACUGUUCGCGAAAGCCCCUUUGUGGCCCUCGACAACGCAGCAGCUACCUCGCGACCAGUUAAAUGGUGGCCCUAUUCUAUUCUCCCUGCUCCGCAUGUGCUCCUUGCUACCUUAUUCCCAACUCUGCAGGGAUGGAAAGAAAAAGCAUGGUGGGACAAGCUUGUUAGUGCCAUAUCUGUGCCAAGCAUCUUUCUCUUGGUGAUAACACUACCGGUUGUUGAAUCAGAGACCUCGGAAGAAAUUGAUACCUUUGACGAUGUCAUCACCGUCACAGAUCGUUCUGCCCAUAGGUCGAUUGGACAUAUGGCUCCGCCCAUUUCAAUCCAACCAGGAGAAAUAGAACCCGAGGAUGAGUGGGAGCGAUUUCGAAGAUAUUCGCUAAACCGCAGAAAUAGUGAUAUUAUGACCGAAAGCAUUCCGACACCAUAUUUGGCGCUACCGGAAGAAGAUAUUUUGGCUGUAUCCCCCCGAACCCAAGAGCCUGGCGCGGCAAAGCCCUUGUCCGAAAUUCGCUCCAUUAGCCAAGCAAGCGAAGAAAAGAUGGGAUGGAGCCGUUGGCUUGUCUGCCUCCAGCUCUUCAUGGGGCCGCUAUUUGCCGUCAUUAUACUCUGGGCAAACAUUUCUGAAGACUGGGAGAACCCAAGGGGCUCAUUGGUGCGCAUGAUUCUAUGGACGCUUCUAGGAUCUUUCGUAUUGUUAGGGGCCCUUCUUCUGCUUACUACAGAGCAGAGGCGACCGCAAUACCACUUUCUGUUCUGUUUUUUGGGCUUUAUUAUCAGCAUAGCUUGGAUUUCAACAGUGGCUGGCGAAGUUGUUGGAGUUUUGAAAACAUUCGGCGUGGUUCUCGGCAUCUCAGAGGCUCUGCUGGGACUCACUAUUUUUGCUGCCGGCAACAGCGUAGGUGAUUUAGUUGCUGAUAUUACGGUGGCUCGACUUGGGUAUCCCGUCAUGGCAUUAUCUGCCUGCUUUGGCGGACCAAUGCUUAACAUCUUGCUAGGCAUAGGCGUGGGUGGUGUUUUGAUGAUGGUCCAAGAUGCAAAUCACCACCAUAGAAAGCAUCCAGGGGACCAAUACGCUUACAAACCGUACCGUAUACAAAUUGGGGGAACUUUGAUGAUCUCCUCCAUUACGCUGCUCGUAAUUCUGGUCAGCUUGCUAAUCUCUGUGCCCCUGAAUAAAUGGAUCUUGAGCCGCAAGAUCGGCUGGGUAUUAAUAGCCAUGUGGUCGGCCAGCACGAUAGUCAACGUUGUUGUUGAGCUUACGGGUGCUUUAGGCGACAUCUCCUAACCGAGUGCCACACAAGCAGGAUAAGCUCAUGUAUAUUUAUAUGGAAUACUGAUUUUGAUGGGGAAAUGACAUUACGAGGGCUCGAUUUGCAUGCAUGCGUUGCAUUUGGAUUGUUUUAACCUUGUAUACCAUAAGUUUGCUCGUCCCUUCUUCUUUUCUUCUCUCUUUCUUUGUUUUCUUUUCUUUUCUUUUCCUCCUUUGGAUAUGGAAACGGUUGACACGCAUACGAAGAAUACCUAGCAAUGGAAUACGUGUAUAGGCCACGAGGUUGGCGUUAUAAAAAUAGACACCAGACUUGACAAUACUGCAUGUACUCUUAUCACCCUGAUACUAUUCGCUCGUGGUGCAAGC